GCCGUGCGUCCGUACGGACGGAUUGAACGAUAACGCGCGCAAUUUGAAAAUCGAACGCGAUCCCGGCAUUCGACAAAAACAAUAAAAAAAAUAGAACCGUGUUGAUUUCUUAAGAAAAAAAAAAUGGCGCCUAUUUUCUUUUUCAUGGUGUUGAUUACAAUUCCGAUUCAGUGGAUUUUCGCAUUUAAUUGUAAUAGUGUGGAAUAUGAGACUAUUAUGGAUUGCGAUCAGUGUAUUAAAUGUGGCGGUCAUUGGUGCAUUUCACCCGGUCCCAAUGAGUCACAUUGCAGUAGACUUUCAUUUGGAGAAACGAGGUGUACAUCUUACAAUGAGAAAGAGAUAUUCCAAUUUUUCCCUCGACAGCAACAAGACGGCAAUAAAACAUCGAUAAUACGACCAGUCUCGUUCGAAGAUUCGAUUAAAGUGUCCGAUGGUGAAAGAAACAAAGAGUUUUCGACGCCAAGCAAAGUCAAUAUUGACGUCACCCCCAUAGAUUAUCUAGGCAGUACACCCGAUGUGAAACUUGUCAAGAAAAAAUGUGACAAGGAUACGUGCACACAAAAGCUUGUUGUUAGUCUUGACAGCGACUUCUGCAGCGAUACUGGUGGACCUGUCCAGCAUUUUGUAGUGCCUUUGAAGAUCGAUGACGUCAUACAUGCUAAAGGUCAAUACAGCGUGCCCUGCGCGUGCCAAUGUAGCAGAAAUGUCAGUGUGAACGACGCUUAUUGCAAUGGUCGUGGAAACCUCUCGUGUGGUGUGUGCAAGUGUAAAGAAGACUGGAGGGGUCCUCGUUGUGAGCAGAAGGCACCUUAUGAUGAGAGGGAGUAUGUGGAACCUGAUACUGAUGGCUCUUGCCCCGUCCGAGGAGACAUCAGCUGCAGACAUGAAAUGAGGCCUGACGUCGAUUGCUCUGGCAACGGGCGAUGUGAAGAUUGCUGCAUUUGUGACAGAACCCAAGAUGGUUGGCAAUACUUCGAUGGGAACAACUACUGUGAAGAUAUAUGUAUGACAACAUCGGAAAUUUUAGAAAAAGAUUCUAAUUUGACCUCUGUUCAUUUGAUUACUUACGAUGAAGAAGUUUCAAGACGACGAGAUAGUAAAAACAGGAGUAUCUGGGUGGAAUGUGAAGAGACGGUGAAUGACUGCAAAUGGACAUAUUUGGCUAGGAAAAAUGUUAGGAAUGAAAUAGCUAUUAUGAUCAGUAAGAAGUCCUGUCCUAACGCCGAGGCUGUUGUAGGAGGAGGCAUGAAUGUUACAGCAUUAGUAGUGCCCUUAGUGGUAGCUGCGGCAUUGGCGAUGGCUGGAGUAGGAUAUUACGUAUGGCAGAGCAAGGGAGGCGCGCCACAACUGAACAAAGCCAACUACCAAGGCCUGGAAGGGCCGAAAACCAGAGUGGAAACGAAUCCUGUAUACAUCGAGCCUAUUAAAUCAUACAAAAAUCCUACGUAUGGCCAACAAGUAUAAUUUAGGUGUUACCUGCUGGCUGAUUCAUCGAAACCGGCUACAGGAGCGUAUUAAGUUUCAAAUAUCGAUUAGAUCACUUUUGAAAUCUUCGAUCUCUGAAUGCGGUCCUGUGCCGACGCCAUUCCACUGCCUGUGAUCGACACCGUCGUGAUUUUGAUGAAGAAAUUACACUCGUCCGGUGUUCAUUCGCAACGCAAAUUGUAAAAUAGAUUACUUUAUGUAUGUUUACGUGUGUAGUAAGUACACUUCUGUGAUAUAUUAAAUUUGUUAAGUAAUAGUGACUCAUUCAACGUUCAGAUGUAUCAGGUGUUUGAUUAAUCAAAGUAAACAUGCUCUUUACAAUAGCGCUGAUAACUAGAUUUUGGUAUUAUAAUAGUAUAAUUAAUGCAAUAAUGACGCAUAAUUUAUAUAAUAAUUAACGAAUGUAGGUACAACAUCAUUGUGUAACUGAUGAUCGAGUGAGAAGUUACCAUGCUACAAUGGCCGAUAGAAAAAUGAUUUGCGGUUAUUAGUGAAAGUGUCUGGAACACUGGAAAGUAGGAUGGUUGUAGUAUAGUGUAUUUUAUGGGCGUGUAGGUGUUUUUGUACGAUUUAAUGUUGUGUGGUUGUGUGGGCCUCGCGGGCGAUCACGCCGAGACAACGGAAUGAGUAACGGGUUUUUUUGAACUCUGACACAUAAACACCCGUACCUUUCAACAUGUAAAUUGUUUAAAUGAUACAAAAACAAAUAUGAAAGUGUUCAUUUGUAAUGAAGAAAUUUCGAUAACUUUAUUUUUCUUCAAUUAAUUAUGUUCCUAAAUUAAAAUAAUUAGGUACUUAUUUAGGACUUAUGGUUGAAAGUCAAAUUCCAUUAAAUUUAAGCACAAUGGACCACAUAAAAGAAAAGGAAAUCACAUCACCUUUGUUCGAAGUUGUAUAAUUUAUAUGUAGCCCUUUGUACUUAAGUGCAUAAAUCUAUAUAUUUCCAAUUUGUCAAGCUCAAUAAUUUUUUUUCAGUAGUGUAGUAUUUUCACUCUUAUAAUAAUCUUUUAAACAAAAUUGUUGUACAAAAUGGCUUGGUUUGAUCAAAGAGACAAAACUUAAUUAAGGAAGUUAUCAUUGAUGGAUGUACUCUUGCCAUGCCCCAAUACAUUUGAACAAAUAUUUAGAAAUAAAUAAGUAUUAUCGUGUCAAGUGACGCUAUUGUAAAUGAAUAUUGUUGGCACUUAUGUGUGACCUAUGCAAUGUAGAUAAGCGCUGUUUAUUCAUACAUAAUUCAAUAAGGAAAGUAUACGGUGGGGGACAAAGAAAAAAAACAUAGUAUCCCUACAUUCUGGGUAGUAUUGAAGAAGUAUAUGUAGCCCACUGUACGAAGGUCUUGACUGUUCCAAUUUUUUCAUAGUAUUUUUACUUUUAAGUUAGUAUGUUUCUGGUGCUUUUAGUUUGUACUGUAUAUAUUUUUGCUGCCACCAAGCAUUUAGUAUCCAUUCAUACAUAUUCAAAUAGGAAUUAUUGCGUUCAGAACAUCUUUAUUAUUCAGUAUUGUGUGGUCUCCACACGAGAAACAUGACAAUUAUUAAAAUUUCGUUUUGCCCAAGAUAAUGUUGGAUAUAAUGCAUUUUAUGCAAGAUUUUGAUUGAAAUUUUUUUGGAAAUAUUUGUAUUGUAUUGAAUUAAAAACAAACAUCCAAAGAUUUUGAGGCGUAUACAAAUUCCACGAGUAAAUAAAGACUCAUUUAUUGGUAAGAUUUAGUUAUAAGUUCAUUUAUGUUGGAUAUAUUGUAAUUAUGAGGUAAUUGACAUCACGUAAUAAGUUAUUUAUUAUUUCUUCAAUUGGUAGAAACACGUAGAAACGUCGUACGUAAGACACCAUAAUAAUAAACUUAUGAAUAUCUAAAAAAUAUUCAAUCAUUUCAUUUCUCAAUAUUAUUAUAAGAACCUUAGACUAAAUUCUGAAAGAAUAUAAUCUCAUAUUUGUAUUUUUGUAAAUUUGUAACAUAGCUAGUCAAUAAAAA